GUAUUAUUUUUAAAAACAGUUUAUAUACAAGAAUAACUAACGUGUUCACGACGGAUUCCUUUCAAGAUGGCGAUGCAAGCUGCCCGACGACAAAAUGUGAGAUUGCCACCUGAAGUCAAUCGCAUCCUUUACGUUCGGAAUCUUCCAUAUAAGAUCACAGCAGAAGAAAUGUAUGAUAUCUUCGGCAAAUAUGGUGCAAUCAGACAAAUCAGAGUUGGCACCAAUUCUGACACCAAAGGGACAGCAUAUGUCGUCUAUGAUGACAUUUUUGAUGCUAAGAAUGCCUGUGACCACCUUUCCGGCUUCAACGUGUGCGGGAGAUACCUCGUUGUACUGUACUACCAACCUAACAGAGCUUUCAAGAAGGUGGAUCAGGCUAAGAAACAAGCCGAACUGGACAAGAUGAAGGCUAAAUAUGGACUGAGCACGCCGGAGAUCAAGUAGCUGGCCUUCAAAAUUAUUCUUGAACUUAGAACAAGUGUUUCAAUGUGAUGGCUUUGAGCCUAUGGAAAAUUUCGGCUCGACCUCAAGUAAAGAGCUUUUCCGCUUGGAUUAGUUGCCUCUGUUAAGUGUAACGGGGAUGCAUCAUCAGUACAACAUCUACUGUAUGAAAUGGGAGUCAGGAUGCGGAUUUAAGGUUGAGUGCUGACACGUGCAAAGUCUCUUUAAGAUUCCUUCAAAAACAGACGGAACCCUUCGGUACAAAAUUUAGCUUGAUCUAUUGACCACUGUUGGUUUGUGAGGGCCACCUUUAAUCUGUGUAGAUGUAUUUCCCAAACUUACUGGAUAUGCCUCACAUUGAAUACAAUUGGAAAUCUCCACAGUGCAGAUGUUAAGCACAGUUGGUUUAUUCCCUGUUCAUUUUGUGUACUUAUUUUUUUAUUACCCCGUUACUAAAUUGUAUUGCAAAAAGGGAGAGUGUAGGGAAUGGAAGUUACUUUGGCAUUUUCAUUGUACCAGAGUUCUGGGAAGACUUGUAUCCUUGUACAUGUGUUUAAAUUUAUGUCGACCAGAAGUGAUGAAAGGAAAAUUAAAGCCUACCGGUCAAGAAAUCUUUUGUUUUAAUUUCACAGGAAAUACGUGUGUUUGACCCUGUGCAGAAUUUGCGACUAUGAUUCAGAAAUUUCCCCCAAGAAAUCUCUGUAGGUGCAUCCUCUGUCUUCCACCUUGCACGUAAAUUUGUGGGCACCGUACAGGUGCAAUUUAAAAUUGCCCAAAGUUAUAUGAGACUGACUCAUGCAUGAUUCAGCCUUUAACAUUGCGAACAUUGUACAUGCCACGCAAACGGUUUUUAUCUUAAGGUUUAGGAAACGGGAUUUAUGUAAACGAGAUGGGUAGGUUUGUUCUUCGCCUCCGUGUUUGUUUACUUUGUGUAGAGCGCUUGUAUUACCGAAAUGUGGCGUUAUUUCCCAAUGUCAUCGCAUUGAUAUUGUUACAAGUGCAUGUGUUUAUACUAUUUUUUUUAAAAGGAGUGCUAGGUAAAAACGGAUGAACAUUUGUUUGUGUGUGCCUAAUGUGGGUGUGGAUCUCAGUGGCUUAUUUAUAUUGGCGGGGAUGCGUACUAAUUAAGCGAGUGUGUAUGAAUGCUGACUGCGUACAUCUGAGUUUUCACCUUGGGUCCGUUGGUGACGGGAGACGAGGCACCGAAGUUUAUUCAUCUAUUCGGCCGCCUCAAAAAUGGCGAGUGAAGAAAGCCACAGUUUUCAAUGCUGGAUAGCUCCUAUAAUGUGGGUUCCCGUCAUGUGUUCUUUUGGCAACCCAUUUUUACCUAUCGAAACCAUUGAUGAGAGAAUAGAAUGGAUGAUAUACAUGUAAUUCGAUAAUUAUGACGUAUGAUCUUGAGGGACAAGUCCUGCCUCUGUGAAAUACAAAUAUUGGGAGAGCUCACAAUUCCAAAUGGUUUGCUGUUUGGAAUGUUUCUCGACAGCUUUAAUAAAGAUGUGUCAAAUCAGCAUCUUA